AUGAAGGCUUACAGACAGCUGCGACGUCUCACAAACUCCAAGAACUACAAAGAUGUGAGAUACAUGGAAUCAGGAUUACCGAAAGAGCUGGGCGCAGUUCUGUCUGAGAACCAUCAGAGACUCCAGGACAGAGAGAGAGAACUGAAAGACAUGAAAAAAGUCUUAGACACACUCACGAGGUCCUCAGAAACGGUGCGGGACGAGGCGGAUGUGGUCCUGUCGGAGCUCCAGGAGUCAGUGCAGCGGAUGCUAGAGCUGCUCCAGGACGUGAUGGUCUCCACUGCACAGGAGAAACUCAACGAGACCCAGGACGUGGUGACCAAACUGGAGGCCGAAGUCAAACAGCUGAAGAAAAAAGAUGGAGAACUGAAAGACCUCAUCAACUGCCAGGACAGUAUCUACUUCCUGAAGACGUAUCAGUCUCUGUGCUGUCCUCUGGAGGGGGGAGAUCUGGGAGCUGUGACCGCGAACCCCGAAGCCACGUUUGAUCCCGUCAGGAGCAUCAUCGUCCAGCUCAGGGAGAAAGUGGAGGAGAUGUGUGACCAGGAACUGGACAAGAUCAACAAGACAGUGUACAACACCACAGCAUUCACAGUGGCAGACCGCAACGGCCAGAAAACAGGAGGCAUAAUGAAAUUGAACACACGUGCACAGGCUGUCAGAAACAAUGAGCCAAGAGUUAACAGAGGUGUUACAAACUCCCAAAGACCAGCCAGAUCACCGAGAGAGGAGAGAGAUGACAACGAAAAGAGUCGCAGUUCAUUGAGACCAAGAGAAACGCAAAGAAGAGAGGAAAGAGAAAACAAUGAUGUGAGAUCAAGAGGAAGACCGAGAGGAGAAGACAGAGAUCAGGUAGUCAUGGACAGAGAAAGUCAGACCUCUCAGAGACGUCAAAGCACACAGAGCAGAAGCACACGUGAUGAAGAACAAGCAGACCGCUGGAGUUUGAGUUCAAUCAGACCAAGACUGAGGAGAGAGGACAGAGAACAAGUCAAUGGAGAAACACAGCAAAGAUCCAACGCUGUGGACAGACAGCAGCCGGCCAGACAAUCGGACAGAUGGAGUCUGAGCUCUCUCUUACCCAGAAACAGGAAGAAGAGACAGGACACAGUGAAAGAGGCCACACCCACUAUACUGGAGGCGGAGUCAGUGACACCUCGUAGCCCCUCCUCUGCCAGUGCCUGGGGAGAGCCAACAGAAGUGAAUCCCGGGCUGUUCCUGGACUCUCCUACCGACAGUCCCUUUGCCAAUCCUGCUUUUCCCACAUUGAGAGAAAUUAACAUUGACAGUAUUCAGGCCCCAGAGCCCAGAACCAAAGAUGAGUUCUUGCAAUAUGCUUGUGAUUUGACCCUGGAUCCAAACACAGCCCAUCGGCGUCUGGCCCUGUCUGAUGGAGACACUGUAGCCACGCUUCAGCAGACGUCUCAGCUGUACCCUGACCUCCCUCAGCGCUUCGACAGCUGGACGCAGGUGUUCUGUCUCCACCCCCUCUCCUCCGACCGCUGCUACUGGGAGGUGGAGUGGAGGGGGCGUGGCUCCUCUCUGGGUGUGGUCAGUGGUUCCAUGCCUCGCAAAGGGGCAAAUUCAGGGGCGGGGCUUGGGUAUAACAGCCAAUCAUGGAGCUUGGAGCUGUCAGACAUGUGCUGCGCAGCCAUGCACGGCAAUCAGAAGGUGGAGAUCCCUGUGACCUACAGCCCUCGUGUCGGGGUGUUUCUGGACAGGACCGCAGGGACUCUGACUUUCUAUAGCGUGGAUGAUGAGUUGGUUCCUCUCCACACGUUUCAAGGGUCGUUCCCAGUAUCGCUGUAUGCUGCGUUCGGGGUGGGCUGUGGGGUCGGCGUGGGGCUAGAUUUUGCCAUGGGGCAGUUCAGCUCCGCGUCAGACAGCAUUAAAAUCUGUCCCUUGUGAACUGAGCGAAUCUCACAAAAACAUAUGCAGGUCAUAUUUCACCAAAAAUCCAAAGAAGAAAAAAUA